AUGAUUGUAGGUGGUCCAAGUGGAGGCGACUCCCGUCAUGCUAGAAAGGCCCAAGUUAGAGAAGCACAUAGCAUAACUAUAAAGGAGAUAUGGGAUGUUGGGGCGAUGGAGGACACCCCCCUCAUCCAGUUGAGAAGGGCAGAAAGAUCAGGUCCUAAGAGCUCUCAUAAUGGUGCUCUAGUCAUCACGACAUUGCACCAACUACGAAGUAGAACGUAUAUUCAUAAAUUUGGCAAGUUCUGCAAACAUAUUUUUCAAGGAAGCCUACGAUCAGAUGCAGUUAGGGAACACCCCCGGGAAAAAGUAAACACCUCCCUAUUACGGAUUCGUGGGGAGGUAGUCCAUCCUAGGGGUAUGCUUUCACUCCCCUUGGCCCUAGGUACUAGCAGCACUUCAAAGACUUGUCUGUUGAAAUUUUUAGUGGUAGAUACCCCAUCAGCAUACAACAUCAUUUUCGGGAGGCCCACCCUCAACACUUUCCAAGCCAUGUUCUCCACUUAUCACAUGAAAAUCAAGUUCCGUAUGCUUGGAGGUGUAGGAGAAGUACAAGGAAACCCCCUGCAAUCUCAUAAGUGUUACGUGGAGGCUGUGCGCAAAGGCCAAAAAAAUAAUAGGGACAAAGGCAAGGAAGAGAAGGGACCAGUAGAAGAUAAAGAAAAUGAGGGGGUGUCCCCCAAGGUUCAGCUGAUUGAAGAACUAAUGAAUGUUGAACUUGUACCGGGAGAUCCAGAAAACAUCUUUGCAUUGACCCUCCAAAACUUAGAAGGCACCGACCUUAAUGUCAUAGCUCACCAUCUCAAUAUAGAUCCUAACAUCAAGCCGGUGAAACAAAAGAAGAGACACUUUGGGCCAAAAAAGAAUAAAAUUAUCCAAGCUGAAGUCGAUAAAUUAUUGGCUGCGGGUCCCAUCGAAGAAAUACAAUUCCCCGAGUGGUUAUCUAAGAAAUACAAUUCCUCGAGUGGAAAAUGGAGAAUGUGCAUUGACUUCAAGGAUCUCAACAAGGUGUGUCCUAAGAAUUUUUAUCCUCUACCUCGAAUCGAUCAACUGGUGGAAUGCAUAUUUGGAUCUGGAUUCUUAAGCAUGACGGAUGCAUCUCAAGGAUAUCAUCAAAUAAUGAUGGUUCCAAAAGAUUGCAAAAGAAUCAGUUUUAUCACAUCUGCUGAAAUGUUCUAUUACGUUGCCAUGCCAUUUGGCCUAAAGAAUGCUGUAGCCACCUACCAACGUUUGGUAGAUAAAAUAUUUUGUCCACAAAUUGGAAGAAACGUCGAGGUGUAUGUAGAUGAUAUGCUAGUGCAAAGCAGGAAGACCAAGGACCAUAUUGCGAACUUAGAAGAGACAUUCUCCAUUUUGAGAAACUAUCGACUAAAGCUCAAUCUUGGAAAGUGGAGCUUUGGAGUGAAAGGGGACGCUUUCUAG